AUGAUGAAGCCUCCCAAUUGCAUGGAUGUAGAGGAGGCAGCUGACAUUGUACAAACUCUCCUCUACCACUCUACUCCUUUAACACGAAUAUGCAACACUAGUGUUGAUUGUUUGUGGAAAUGUCGAAAUAAAAGAUUAAGCACACCACCGUACUGUGCUUUUCACAUUACCAAGCAGCAAUCAUGUGGAGCAGCGAUUGCCCACCAGACAGGAGGCAACCAUAAAUUAGGCAAACUUAAUGAGCGGAGAAUACAGUUGACAAAUCUGAAUUGGAGUGAUUCGAUUAAUUCUCCAUGCCAGUCAUUGAAUGUGCCACAUUUGAAAGGAAAGUCAGGUUCUUGUAGUCAUGCAGUUGUUUCAAUCUCAGUCAUGGCGAUUUACUCAUCCUUACUGAUUUGUGCAAAAUUGUGUGAUAUGUUUGCAGCUGCGGUCCGGUUGAGGUCAUUAACAUUGGCUAUCGGGAAGCACAAUAUUCCAAAAAUAGAUGCACGCUGUGGGCAGCAAAGCCCUAGAUUUUCCACAAUUCUUAUUUCUAACUUGCAUCUAUUUAAUUUUACUGUCCUAUCUCCUUUGAGCGAUCAUCAUCAAAAUCACUUCAUUUCCACUUUCGUGCAGUUUAAAACUCUGCCACCUUCAAGGUUUAUCUACUUUCUCUCAAAGUCAUGCUUUUGCUUAAAAAAGGCAUGGGAAUCAUUGCAAAGCGAUGCACAAGUCACUCACCGCAAAGAGCCAUUUUUAUUCAUGUCAUAA